AUGUCGCUGCCAGGUCCCGGUGCGGCCAUCGAGCCCGAUGAUUACGAUGCCGACUCGACCUACGAGGGCUCGCUUGGCGAUGUCAGUUACACCACCUCCAUCACCUCGAGUGCCAUGAGAUACACAUACGAGAACGGUCGCAGGUAUCAUUCAUAUCACGAGGGCGAAUAUGUAUUGCCAAACGAUGAACAAGAGCAGGAUCGCCUCGAUUUGAGCCAUCAUAUCUAUAAAAUGCUCUUCCGCGGCGCGCUGUAUCGCGCCCCUAUCGAUGAGCCCCGGCGCGUGCUGGAUAUCGGAACGGGGACGGGUAUUUGGGCUAUUGAUUUUGCCGAUGAGCAUCCCGAAUCAGAGGUCAUCGGAAACGACCUGAGCCCCAUCCAACCCUCCUGGAUCCCCCCCAACUGCCGCUUCGAGAUCGACGACUACGAACAACCUUGGUCCUACAGCAAAAACUUCGACUAUAUCCACGGCCGCGAGCUCGAAGGCUUUAUCCGUGACCACGACCAUGUCUUCCGCCAGGCCUUCGAACACCUCGCGCCCAACGGAUACUUCGAAAUCGCCUCCUUCGAGGUCAACACCUACUCCGACGACGAGUCGCAUCUCAAGGCCAAGUGUCUCGUCGAGGCCGUGAACCUCAUGCACCAAUCAUCAAAGGAGUUCGGAAAGCCCAUGAGUACCACGCAUACGUGGAAGGAGAAGAUGGAGAAGGCGGGCUUUGUCAACGUCACCGAGGAGAUUUACAAGCUCCCCCAAAGCCCCUGGCCCAAAGACCCCAAACUCAAAGACCUCGGCCGCUACCACCAAGUCAACAUGUUCGAGGCCAUCGGGCCCUACUGCUACGCGCUCUUCACGCGCGUCCUGGGCUGGCGUAAAGAGGAGAUUGAAGUCAUGGUCGCGGGCAUGCGAAGGGAAUUGCGGGAUUUGUCGAUCCAUCUUUAUACAAAGGUGCAUGUUGUUUAUGGGCAGAAGCCGGAGACUGCGUCGUGA